GGGCGGGGUGACCUGGUGCCGCCCGGACUCUGCGGCCAUUAAAACAGUCUUGCUUGCUCUGGCUUCGCUUGCCUACUCGUGAACCGAGGAGGGUGGAGCGCUUCUUUCUGGGACCAAAGCAAAGAGCAAGUGGAGACCGAGAAAGUUGGAGGAAUUUGGUAGCUGUUCCUAGAGGGCCCUGCUGGAAGCCACCUGCUUGGACCCUGCUUCUUGUUAGAGACAAAUAAGCACUGCUCCCUCUAUACCUUAGGCAUCCAUGCCACUACUAAGCUGAAGUUGAGUCCUACACGUAGCCGAAGAAGAUGCCAGCACCGAUACCAGAACCAAAGCCUGGAGAUCUGAUUGAGAUUUUCCGCCCUGUGUACAGCCACUGGGCCAUCUAUGUCGGUGAUGGAUACGUGAUCCACUUGGCUCCCCCAAGUGAAUUUGCAGGAGCUGGGGCAGCCAGCAUCAUGUCUGCUUUGACCGACAAGGCCAUAGUGAAGAAAGAACUGCUGCGUGACGUGGCCGGGAGAGACAAGUACCAGGUCAAUAACAAACAUGACAGCGAAUACACCCCACUGCCUCCAAGCAAGAUAGUCAAGAGGGCUGAAGAGCUGGUGGGGCAGGAGAUUCUCUACAAGCUGACCAGUGAGAACUGCGAGCACUUUGUGAACGAACUACGUUAUGGAGUGGCCCGCAGUGACCAGGUCAGAGAUGCCGUCAAGGUGGCAGGCAUUGCUGGAGUGGGCUUGGCAGCCUUGGGCCUCAUUGGAGUCAUGCUCUCCAGAAACAGGAAACAGAAGCAAUGAAUUGGAUGACUAUCCAGCCUUAGGGGCUCUUCUUUUGCUAGAGGCCUUGAAGUUUGAUUCAUAGAUUCUACUGUUUUAUAAUUAGGCUGUUUCCACUGCAUACAAUAAAGCUCAAGGGGGCUUUGCUGGAA